AUGGACGUGGACGUGGACGUGGAUGUGGACAUGGACGUGGACAUGGACGUGGACGUGGACGUGGACAUGGACGUGGACGUGGACAGGGACGUGGACGUGGACGUGGACGUGGACGUGGAGGUGGACAUGGACGUGGACGUGGACGUGGACGUGGACCUGGACGUGGACGUGGACGUGGUCGUGGUGGUCGUGGACGUGGACAUGGACGUGGUCGUGGACAUGGACGUGGACGUGGACGUGGACAUGGACGUGGACGUGGACGUGGACGUGGACGUGGACGUGGACAUGGACGUGGAGGACGUGGACGUGGACGUGGACGUGGACGUGGACGUGGAGGACUUGGACGUGGACGUGGACGUGGACGUGGACGUGGACGUGGACGUGGACGUGGCCAUGGUCGUGGACGUGGACGUGGUCGUGGACGUGGCCAUGGUCGUGGACAUGGACGUGGACGUGGACCUGGACGUGGACGUGGACGUGGACUUGGACGUGGACGUGGACGUGGACCUGGACGUGGACGUGGACGUGGACCUGGACCUGGACGUCGACGUGGACGUGGUCGUGGACGUCGACCUGGACGUGGACGUCGACCUGGACGUGGACGUCGACCUGGACGUCGACGUCGACGUCGACGUGGACGUGGUCGUGGACGUGGACGUGGACGUGGACGUGGUUGUGGACGUUGACGUGGUUGUGGACGUGGACGUGGACGUGGACGUGGACGUGGAGGACGUGGACGUGGACGUGGACGUAGACGUCGACGUGGACGUGGUCGUGGACAUGGAGGACUUGGACGUAGACGUCGACGUGGACGUCGACGUGGAGGAUGUGGACGUGGAGGACGUGGACGUGGACGUGGAGGACGUGGACGUGGAUGUGGACGUGGACGUAGACGUGGACGUGGUCGUGGACAUGGAGGACUUGGACGUGGACGUGGACGUGGAUGUGUUCGUGUUCGUGGUCGUGGACGUGGACGUGGACGUGGAAGACGUGGACGUGGACGUGGACGUGGACGUGGACGUGGUUGUGGACGUGGACGUGGACGUGGUCGUGGACGUGGACGUGGACUUGGGCGUGGACGUGGACGUGGACGUGGACGUGGAGGACGUGGACGUGGACAUGGACGUGGACAUGGACGUGGACGUGGACCUGGAGGUGGACGUGGACGUGGACCUGGACGUGGACGUCGACGUGGACUUGGACGUGGACGUGGACGUGGACGUGGACGUGGACGUGGAUGUGGACGUGGUCGACUUGGACGUGGACGUGGACGUGGUCGUGGACGUGGACGCGGACCUGGACGUGGACGUGGUCGUGGACGUGGUCGUGGUCGUGGACGUGGAGGACGUGGUCGUGGACGUAGACGUGGACGUGGAAGUGGACGUGGUCGUAGUCGUGGACGUGGUCGUAGACGUGGACGUGGUAGUCCACGACGUGGACGUGGACGUGGACGUGGAUAUGGACGUGGUCGUGGACGUGGAGGACUUGGACGUGGACGUGGACGUGGUCUUGGACGUGGACGUGGACGUGGACGUGGUCGUGGACGUGGACGUGGUCGUGGACGUGGACGUGGACUUGGACGUGGACGUGGACGUGGACGUGGUCGUGGAUGUGGAGGACUUGGACGUGGACAUGGACGUGGACGUGGACGUGGACGUGGACCUGGAGGUGGUCGUGGACGUGGACGUGGUCGUGGACGUGGACGUGGUCGUGGAGGACGUAGACGUGGACGUGGACGUGGUCUUGGACGUGGACGUGGACGUGGACGUGGUCGUGGACGUGGACGUGGUCGUGGACGUGGACGUGGACGUGGACUUGGACGUGGACGUGGACGUGGACGUGGUCGUGGAUGUGGAGGACUUGGACGUGGACAUGGACGUGGACGUGGACGUGGACGUGGACCUGGAGGUGGUCGUGGACGUGGACGUGGUCGUGGACGUGGACCUGGACGUGGACGUAGACGUGGACGUGGACCUGGACGUGGACGUGGACGUGGACAUGGACUUGGAUGUCAUGGACGUGGACGUGGAUGUGGACGUGGACGUGUUCGUGGACGUGGACGUGGACGUGGACGUGGUCGUGGACGUGGUCAUGGACGUGGACGCGGUCGUGGACGUGGUCGUGGACGUGCACGUGGACAUGGUCGGGGACGUGGACGUGGAGGACGUGGACGUGGAGGACGUGGACGUGGCGGACGGGGACGUGGUCGUGGUCGUGGACGUGGUCGUGGACGUGGACGUGGACGUGGUCGUGGACGUGGACGUGGACGUGGACGUGGACGUGGACGUGGACCUGGACGUGGACGUGGACCUGGACCUGGACGUGGACCUGGACCUGGACCUGGACGUGUACGUGGACGUGGUCGUGGACGUCGACGUGGACGUGGACGUGGACGUGGUCGUGGACGUCGACGUGGACGUGGACGUGGACGUCGUCGUGGACGUGGACGUGGUCGUGGACGUGGACGUGAACGUGGACGUGGUUGUGGACGUGGACGUGGUUGUGGACGUGGACGUGGACGUGGACGUGGACGUGGACGUGGACAUGAACGUGGACGUGGACGUGGACGUGGAGGACUUGGACGUGGACUUGGACGUGGACGUCGAUGUGGACGUGGACGUGGACAUGGAGGACUUGGACGUGGACUUGGACGUGGACGUGGACGUGGACGUGGUCGUGGACGUGGACGUGGACGUGGUCGUGGACGUGGACGUGGUCGUGGACGUGGACGUGAACUUGGACGUGGACGUGGACGUGGACGUGGACGUGGACGUGGACGUGGAGGACGUGGACGUGGACGUGGACUUGGAGGUGGACGUGGACGUGGACCUGGACGUGGACGUCGACGUGGACCUGGACGUGGACGUGGACGUGGACCUGGACGUGGACGUGGACGUGGAUGUGGACGUGGUCGACGUGGACGUGGACGUGGACGUGGUCUUGGACGUGGACGUGGACGUGGACGUGGUCGUGGACGUGGACGUGGUCGUGGACGUGGACGUGGACGUGGACUUGGACGUGGACGUGGACGUGGACGUGGUCGUGGAUGUGGAGGACAUGGACGUGGACAUGGACGUGGACGUGGACGUGGACGUGGACCUGGAGGUGGUUGUGGACGUGGACGUGGACGUGGACGUGGACGUAGACGUGGACGUGGACAUGGACUUGGAUAUGGACGUGGAUGUCGUGGACGUGGACGUGGACGUGGACGUGUUCGUGGACGUGGACGUGGACAUGGACGUCGUUGUGGACGUGGUCGUGGACGUGGACGUGGACGUGGUAGUGGACGUGGUCGUGGACGUGCACGUGGACGUGGUCGUGGACGUGGACGUGGAGGACGUGGACGUGGAGGACGUGGAGGACGUGGACGUAGAUGUGGACGUGGAUCUAGAUGUCGAUGUGGACGUGGUCGUGGACAUGGAGGACUUGGACGUGGACGUGGACGUGGAAGUGGAGGACCUGGACGUGGACGUGGACGUAGACGUGCACGUGGACGUGGUCGUGGACAUGGAGGACUUGGACGUGGACGUGGACGUGGACGUGGUCGUGGACGUGGACGUGGACGUGGUCGUGGACGUGGACGUGGACGUGGACGUGGACGUGGACUUGGACGUGGACGUGGACGUGGACGUGGACGUGGACGUGGAUGUGGACGUGGACGUUGACGUGGUCGUGGACGUGGUCGUGGUCGUGGACGUGGACGUGGUCGUGGUCUUGGACGUGGACGUGGUCGUGGACGUGGACGUCGUCGUGGACGUGGUCGUGGACGUGGACGUGGACGUGGACGUGGUCGUAGACGUGGACGCGGACCUGGACGUGGACGUGGUCAUGGACGUGGUCGUGGUCAUGGACGUGGAGGACGUGGUCGUGGACGUGGACGUGGACGUGGUCGUGGUCGUGGACGUGAUCGUAGACGUGGACGUGGUCGUCCACAAUGUGGACGUGGACGUGGACGUGGACAUGGACGUGGUCGUGGACGUGGAGGACUUGGACGUGGAGGUGGACGUGGACCUGGACGUGGACGUGGACGUGGUCGUGGAGGACGUGGACGUGGACGUGGACGUGGACGUGGACGUGGACGUGGUCGUGGAGGACGUGGACGUGGACGUGGACGUGGACAUGGACGUGGACGUGGUCGUGGACGUGGACGUGGACGUGGUCGUGGACGUGGACGUGGACAUGGUCGUGGACGUGGAGGACGUGGACGUGGACGUGGACGUGGACUUGGACGUGGACGUGGACGUGGACGUGGACGUGGACGUGGUCGUGGACGUGGAUGUGGACGUGGACAUGGACGUGGACGUGGACGUGGACGUGGACGUGGACCUUGACCUGGACGUGGACGUGGACGUGGACCUGGACGUGGACGUGGACGUGGACCUGGACUUGGACGUGGUCGUGGACGUCGACGUGGACGUGGACGUGGACGUGGACGUGGUCGUGGACGUGGACGCGGACCUGGACGUGGACGUGGUCAUGGACGUGGUCGUGGUCGUGGACGUGGAGGACGUGGUCGUGGACGUGGACGUGGACGUGGUCGUGGUCGUGGACGUGGUCGUAGACGUGGACGUGGUCGUCCACAACGUGGACGUGGACGUGGACGUGGACAUGGACGUGGUCGUGGACGUGGAGGACUUGGACGUGGAGGUGGACGUGGACCUGGACGUGGACGUGGACGUGGACGUGGACGUGGACGUGGACGUGGUCGUGGAGGACGUGGACGUGGACGUGGACAUGGACGUGGACGUGGUCGUGGACGUGGACGUGGACGUGGACGUGGUCGUGGACGUGGACGUGGACAUGGUCGUGGACGUGGACGUGGACGUGGACGUGGACGUGGACUUGGACGUGGACGUGGACGUGGACGUGGACGUGGACGUGGUCGUGGACGUGGAUGUGGACGUGGACAUGGACGUGGACGUGGACGUGGACGUGGACGUGGACCUUGACCUGGACGUGGACGUGGACGUGGACCUGGACGUGGACGUGGACGUGGACCUGGACUUGGACGUGGUCGACGUGGACAUGGACGUGGACGUGGACCUGGACGUGGACGUGGACGUGGACGUGGACGUGGAGGACGUGGACGUGGACGUGGACGUGGACGUGGACGUGGACGUGGUCGUGGACGUGGACGUGGACGUGGACGUGGACGUGGCCGUGGACGUGGACGUGGACGUGGACGUGGACGUGGAGGUGGACCUGGUCGUGGAGGUGGACGUUGACGUGGACGUGGACGUGGACGUGGACGUGGACGUGGACGUGGACGUGGACGUGGACGUGGACGUGGACGUGGACGUGGACGUGGACGUGGACGUGGACGUGGACGUGGACGUGGACGACGUGGACGUGGAGGACGUGGACGUGGACGUGGAGGACGUGGACGUAGACGUGGACGUGGACGUGGACGUGGACGUGGACCUUGACCUGGACGUGGACGUGGACGUGGACCUGGACGUGGACGUGGACGUGGACCUGGACUUGGACGUGGUCGACGUGGACAUGGACGUGGACGUGGACCUGGACGUGGACGUGGACGUGGACGUGGACGUGGACGUGGAGGACGUGGACGUGGACGUGGACGUGGACGUGGACGUGGACGUGGUCGUGGACGUGGACGUGGACGUGGACGUGGACGUGGCCGUGGACGUGGACGUGGACGUGGACGUGGACGUGGAGGUGGACCUGGUCGUGGAGGUGGACGUUGACGUGGACGUGGACGUGGACGUGGACGUGGACGUGGACGUGGACGUGGACGUGGACGUGGACGUGGACGUGGACGUGGACGUGGACGUGGACGUGGACGUGGACGUGGACGUGGACUUGGACGUGGACGUGGACGUGGACGUGGACGUGGACGUGGACGUGCACGUGGACGUGGACGUGGACGUGGACGUGGACGUGGACGUGGAUAUGGACGUGGACGUGGAUAUGGACGUGGAUAUGGACGUGGUCGUGGACAUGGACGUGGACGUAGACGUGUUCGUGGACGUGGACGUGGACGUGGACAUGGACGUCGUCGUGGACGUGGUCGUGGACGUGGACGUGGACGUGGUAGUGGACGUGGUCGUGGACGUGCACAUGGACGUGGUCGUGGACGUGGACGUGGAGGACGUGGACGUGGAGGACGUGGACGUGGACGUGGAGGACGUGGACGUAGACGUGGACGUGGAUGUAGACGUCGACGUGGACGUGGUCGUGGACAUGGAGGACUUGGACGUGGACGUGGACGUGGAAGUGGAGGACGUGGAUGUGGAGGAGGUGGACGUGGACGUGGAGGACCUGGACGUGGACGUGGACGUAGACGUGCACGUGGACGUGGUCGUGGACAUGGAGGACUUGGACGUGGACGUUGACGUGGACGUGGUCGUGGACGUGGACGUGGACAUGGAGGACGUAGACGUGGAUGUGGACGUGGUCGUGGACGUGGACGUGGACGUGGUCGUGGACGUGGACGUGGACGUGGACUUGGACGUGGACGUGGACGUGGACGUGGACGUGGAUGUGGACGUGGACGUUGACGUGGUCGUGGACGUGGUCGUGGUCGUGGUCGUGGACGUGGUCGUGGUCUUGGACGUGGACGUGGUCGUGGACGUGGACGUGGACGUGGACGUCGUCGUGAACGUGGAGGACUUGGACGUUGACGUGGACGUGGUCGUGGACGUGGACGCGGACCUGGACGUGGACGUGGACAUGGACGUGGUCGUGGACGUGGAGGACUUGGACGUGGACGUGGAGGUGGACGUGGACCUGGACGUGGAUGUGGACGUGGACGUGGACGUGGUCGUGGAGGACGUGGACGUGGACGUGGACUUGGACAUGGACGUGGUCGUGGACGUGGAGGACUUGGACGUGGACGUGGAGGUGGACGUGGACCUGGACGUGGAUGUGGACGUGGACGUGGACGUGGUCGUGGAGGACGUGGACGUGGACGUGGACGUGGACAUGGACGUGGACGUGGUCGUGGACGUGGACGUGGUCGUGGACGUGGACGUGGACAUGGUCGUGGACGUGGACGUGGACGUGGACGUGGACGUGGAAUUGGACGUGGACGUGGACGUGGACGUGGACGUGGUCGUGGACGUGGAGGACUUUGACGUGGACAUGGACGUGGACGUGGACGUGGACGUGGACCUUGAGGUGGUCGUGGACGUGGACGUGCUCGUGGACGUAGAUGUGGACCUGGACGUGGACGUGGACGUGGACCUGGACGUGGACGUGGACGUAGACGUGGACGUGGACGUGGACGUGGAUGUGGACGUGGUCGACGUGGACGUGGAGGACGUGGACGUGGACGUGGAGGACGUGGACGUGGACGUGGACGUGGACGUAGACGUCGACGUGGACGUGGUCGUGGACAUGGAGGACUUGGACGUGGACGUCGACGUGGACGUGGACGUGGAGGAUGUGGACGUGGAGGACGUGGACGUGGACGUGGAGGACGUGGACGUGGACGUAGACGUGGACGUGGUCGUGGACAUGGAGGACUUGGACGUGGACGUGGACGUGGACGUGGAUGUGUUCGUGGUCGUGGAUGUGGACGUGGACGUGGAAGACGUGGACGUGGACGUGGACGUGGAAGACGUGGACGUGGACGUGGACGUGGACGUGGACGUGGACAUGGUCAUGGACGUGGACGUGGACGUGGACGUGGACGUGGACGUGGUCGUGGACGUGGUCGUGGACGUGGACAUGGACGUGGACAUGGACGUGGACAUGGACGUGGACAUGGACGUGGACGUGGACGUGGACGUGGACGUGGACGUGGACGUGGACGUGGACGUGGACGUGGACGUGGACGUGGACGUGGACGUGGACGUGGACGUGGACGUGGACGUGGACGUGGACGUGGACGUGGACGUGGACGUGGACAUGGACAUGGACGUGGACGUAGACGUGGACAUGGACGUGGACGUGGACGUGGACAUGGACGUGGACGUGGACGUGGACGUGGACAUGGAGGUGGACAUGGACGUGGACAUGGACGUGGUGGACAUGGACGUGGACGUGGACGUGGACGUGGACAUAGACGUGGAGGUGGACGUGGACGUGGACGUGGACGUGGACGUGGACGUGGAGGUGGACGUGGACGUGGACGUGGACGUGGACGUGGAGGUGGACGUGGACGUGGACGUGGACUUGGACGUGGACGUGGACGUGGACGUGGACGUGGACGUAGACGUGGACGUGGACGUGGACGUGGACGUGGACGUGGACUGGACGUGGACGUGGACGUGGACGUGGACGUGGACGUGGACGUGGACGUGGACAUGGACGUGGACGUGGACGUGGACGUGGACAUGGACGUGGUGGACGUGGACGUGGACAUGGACGUGGACGUGGACGUGGACGGUCGUGGACGUGGACGUGGACGUGGACGUGGUCGUGGACGUGGACGUGGACGUGGACGUGGACCUGGUCGUGGACGUGGACGUGGACGUGGACGUGGACCUGGUCGUGGACGUGGACGUUGACGUGGACGUGGUCGUGGACGUUGACGUGGACGUGGUCGUGGACGUGGACAUGGACGUCGACAUGGUCGUGGACGUGGACGUCGACGUGGACGUGGACAUGGACGUGGAUAUGGACAUGGACGUGGACGUGGACAUGGACAUGGACGUGGACGUGGACAUGGACGUGGACAUGGACGUGGACGUGGACCUGGACGUGGACGUGGACCUGGACGUGGACCUGGACGUGGACGUGGACGUGGAGGUGGACAUGGACGUGGACCUGGACAUGGACGUGGACAUGGACGUGGACGUGGACAUGGACGUGGACAUGGACGUGGACGUGGACGUGGACAUGGACGUGGACGUGGACGUGGACGUGAACGUGGACGUGGACGUGGACGUGGACAUGGACGUGGACGUGGACGUGGAGGACUUGGACGUGGACAUGGACGUGGACGUGAAUGUGGACGUGGACAUGGACGUGGACGUGGACAUGGACGUGGACGUGGACGUGGACGUCGACCUGGACGUGGACGUGGACCUGGACUUGGACGUGGACGUGGAUGUGGACGUGGUCGUGGAGUGGACGUGGUCGGUUUAG